UAUUAAUGAACUGUACAUAUCUGCAACAGAAGAGUUUGGAGACAUGGGCAAACAUGUCUUGUUACAUAAGUAUUAAAGUAAUUCAUGCUAAUAAGUAAUGUAUACAUGGGAGAACUUGACAAGACAUUGUAAAUAAUACAUACAUGUUAGACAGCUGAAGUAUUGGGAAAACUCCAUUCCAUGACAGCAGGAGUGUGCCGUGUGGUGUACAAUGCAAGGUGCCCCAGUCACUGUUAUCAAUAGCCAUAGUCUGCAGCAUUCUGUCACCAUGUCCAUCCCGGCAUUUGGCUGUCCCUUCUGCUCCGCCAUCUUUGCAGAGGAGGACCAGAUGCUGUGCCAUUUCCUGCAGGAGAGCAGUGACCAGAGCUGCACUGAGGAGGCAGAGAAGCAUGGCAAGGGAGCCAACCAAGACUUUUACAGAAUCAACCAGAAGGAGACGGUGCAGGUUGAGGUGGGCGAUGACCCCAGCAAGCCGCAGGUGAUUGCCCCGGAUGGCACCAAAGAGAGCAGCAAGAAGGCCGUCAAGGAGGAGAUCAUCAUUGACUAUGAUGACGAGGAUGCUCCGUGUGACGAGACAAUGAAGGAAGAGCUGGUGUGCAAUGCAGAACUGCCAGGCAUGGAGGAGGAGCUGGGAUGUUCCUUGGCCCGCUCAGCCGGCGCCAACAUCCGUGUCCCGCCCAUCAAGCGUGCCACCAAGAUUGAGUAUAAAAAGAUGGUGGGGGAACUGGCAAACAUGAAGACAGUCAGCCACAUUCUGCCAGUAAAUCAGAUGCAGUCUAUCUUACAGUACCUUUCAGUGCAUUCUGACAUGGUGGUGGAGACAGAGGUAGGCAGCUUUGACCUGCACAGGAUCAGGUACAUGGACUUCCUGCACCAGCUGCACCUGAACCGCACCCAGAUCCAUGAGGAGAAUGAGUGGUUUGGGGAGAAGCUGAUGAUGCCCUUCCAGUGUGAAGAGGGCAUUGACAUGGAGGCUGUGUACAGGUUCCACGAUGUGAUUCAAGACAAUAGUUGCUCUGUCAAGGUGGGGUUGCCCUCCUGCACUGCCCUCGUGUCAGACUUGAUGGCCCUGCCGUGUGAUCGCUGGCUGACAGAUGGCUUGCUGGACUGCUUUGCCCAUUUGGUGCGACAGGUGGCACUCUACCCCACAGAGGUGUUCAACGUGACUGAGCUGGCAGACGUGAGCGAGGUGUGUGCCGUGCUGGACGAACGAUACCCAGACCGGAGCAGUCUGCAGGUCAUCUUCAUACUGCACGUUGGGAAAGCUGAUCAUGAAGCUGUGCAUUCCCCCAAUGACCGUCUCUACACUGCCAGCCACUUCUCCUUUGCUCUGUACAGCUUUGAUAACAAUGAAGUCGUUUACGCUGAUACCUUGGGCUGGAGUGUGCCAGAGCCCCUGUACUUCAUGAUGGAUGAAUUCAUUGCUCAUUUUGGCAAGCCUGAGCCAAUCUUCUCUUGUUUGCAUGAUCCUGAGAGCAUGGUGAAUGGAGAGAGCCACGUGUGCUCCAAGCGAUGUGCACAACUGUAUCCAGUGGAGCAGGCUGAUGCUGCAUAUGGUUUAGCAGUGGUGGUGGGCUUCUGUCUUGCUGCAGUGGACAAAGAUGCAUUUGGACUCAUCACGGCAAAGGCAGGAGAUGUGCUGCAGCCCAACAAACUGGACUACCUGCAGGAUGUGACACAGUAUUCCAAGUUUCUGCGUCUUGUUCUCAUCACCUGGCUCAUGCAGGGGGACAUCAAUGUGGCCAUGCUGUACCAGGUGCACCAGGACGGCUCAUCCCGCAGGGGGCCCCGUCUCAGCCAGCGCCGCCGCAAGAAGAAGGUGCCCUUUGGGGCCACCCCAGAGAGCAGUCCCGAACGAGAAGUGCCGGCUGUCAGUGGGGGUCACAGCACACGAGGUGCAGCAUCCAGGGCCUCAGCUCCUCCAGAAAACCUGAAUUUUUCAAAUGUGAGUGACCUUCUUACUAAGCCGCCAGAAGUGGGCUACCUCAAGAACUACUCCUGCCUGCGUGUCCGCUUCUAUCUCAAGAAUGGCAAAAUUGUCACCAAGAGGUUCAAGUGCAACUUGUCCGGCAAGAAGGAUGCCAGGGCUCUCAAGAAGGUGCAGGACUAUGUGAACAGGAAGGAUGUGUACAUCUACCUGAAGCACCAGUCAGGAGUUCUGCCCAAGCACAGGAAGAACUGGCUUAAGAGUAGAAAUGAAGCUGUCAAUGCCAUUCUUCUCAAGGCAGAGCUUGUGACGCAGGGUGCGGGCAGCCUCAGGCUCCGCUGCACCCUGAAGAAUGGCGUGACCAAGUCCAAGAUAUACAACGGAGAGAAGGACGACCCAAAGGUGAGGUCAGACGUGCUGGAGUUCCUGAGCAGCAGGAAGUGUGAGGAGUGGCUCAAGGAGGAGAGGAAGUGGGUGUACCUGGAGGAGGUGAACCCGGGUGUGGAUACCAGGACGUACAUCGACAGUAUUCCCUUUGACGUGAAGAAGAAGUGCAUCAAGGUGGACAGGCGCGUGAGGCCGGUGAGUGAUGCAGGGACUCUGUCAGUGUCAGUGGAGGCCAAUCCCAACUGGGGCAAGCUCCAUCGCUAUGACGAGACGUACGUCAUGAAGGAUGAGAAGGUCCGGCCUCGAGACCGCUUCAUUGCAGUUACCAUGAUCUUGCAGUGUGCUUCUCUGACCAGUGAGUGUCGUAGUGACUGUGGCGUUCCUUUGAAAUCCAUCACCACCCAUGGGAAGCUGUGCAGUGGCUGUCAGCUCAACCUGGACUCAGGAAGGACAUGUGAGGGUUGUUUCACCACAGACAGCCCUCACUGGUACUCGAGUGAGAUAGCUGCCACUCUUUGCAAUGCCUGUUAUCGUGCCAACGGCCGUCGCAAGACGCAGCGUCGCAAGGACAAGAUCCACCACCCACAUCUCAAGUGCAAGUGGAAGCUAAAGUUUGAGCUGGAUCAAGACCUCAGGACUUGGAAGGUGUACAAGGGUGCGGCCAAUGAGUUUUAUCACCACAGGGAGCCAGUUGGAGAGAGGAAGAGACCAACUUGGGCUGAGCGAGAUGUUUGGGACAAGGCAAGAAUUCUCUCUAACGCAACAGCACACGAGAUAUACAGCUCCAUGCAGAGAGGAAUGCCGCUCCUUCCCUCAUCAGACCCCAACAAUGCCACUCAGGCCCUGGGGCAGAUAACACGUAGGUGUAAAAGCAUAGAUAAAAAGUACCUUCACCUUGCAAUGAACUGGAGGAAAGAUCCUAACCCCACCUGUUCAGACUGGAGGAAGGCAGAGAAGGUGCUUGAGACUAACUUUGAAAACGUGCUCCACUAUCAGCGAGGAGACAAGCUACUCAACAGAGACUACCGCAUCAUCCUGGCCACUGACACCAACCUGCUGGCCCUGCGGGACUUGGGGCGGGAGGUGAUCGGCGUGGACUCCAAGGAAGACUUCAUGAAUGGUUGCUUCAAGACCCUCUUUGUGACCUACUAUGAUCAGGUUGGGCAGGAGGAGGUGGCAGUGUCAGCAGUGUGUAAUAGGGAGUCUGAGGAAACCUACAGCCUGGUCUUCCAGAUGAUGGCUGCCAAUAUCCCGUGCAAAGACCCUACCUGCUCACACCCAAAGGUUUUACGCAUCUACAAUGAUGAGAAUGGCUUCUUCUGGGUGCGGCCGUGCUCCUCCAAGGUAGAAUUUCGCCCACUCGUUCAGCACGAAAACAAGAAUGAGUUGCGGAAUGCAGUCACGCACAUGCUCUGGUUUUCCUCUCUGUAUAACUUCAACACCCUGGAGACUGUGAAAGCACAGAUCUCAUCCAUGGAAGGCCUGCAGCUGCUGCAAGUUCCUAUAGAGUUUGGCUUUAAAUGUGUUCUUCUGGGGUGGAACAAUGAGAUGAGGAAGAGGCUGGAGCACAGCUACAAGGAGUUUGUGAUGAAUGUGGUACCAGAUGCCUUAGUGAGCCACUCCAACAGAGAGUCUUUCAUACUCUUCUUGGAAAAACUGUGGUUUGACACUCCAUUCAGUGACAGUUACACAUGCCAGGUGAUGUUCAGGGUUCCUGCUUCCCAUCGUAAGAAUGGUUUGCUGUCCAUUGAGCAUCUGCCAGAGAGGAGAGUGAGGGAGACAGAUGAGCCAGACACCAGUGCCAGAAACAAAAGGAUGUCCCACUAUGUAGUGAAGCUGUUGAACAAGGUGCUUCACCGUGGCAUCUUCCAGGAGCAACAGUCAGGAGAUUCAAGACUCAGCUUUGAUGACCGCAAGGACAGGGAAAUUCUUGCCAUCCAGAAGGCUUUCAGACUUUCGGAGUUGGGAGGUGUGGUGUGCCACCCAGGCUGGGAGGAGCAUGGCUUUGUCUCAGUCAGUGUAGGGCAGCCUGAGGAGGACUUUGAACUAGAUGAAGAAGAAGAUGUCCCUAUUCUGACCAAUCCUGCUCACACCAAGAAAAUGUUGCAGGUACAGGUGGAGGAGUUCAACAGUGACCCAGUGACGCGAGCCAACUCUGUGAUUGGCCACCUCAAGGCCCUUGCCCUCGACUUCUACCGCCAAGAAAUAAUGCGCUACAUCUCUCCUCGGGUGAAGUGCAGCAUCACAACCAAUGAGCAUAUCUGUAAUGUACACUUGAAGUCCUGCACCUGUUAUUUCUUCAUUGACAAGGGCCAGAAUGAGCUGUGCCGACACCUGCUGGCGGCACUGAUCACCACCCGCCAGCUUGGGGACCUGGAGGGUGUGCUGACAGAGAUUACCAGCUGGUGCCCCAAGGUCCCUGUGCCCCUCAAGUCUUACAUAAGCUUCAACAGGACCAUAACAUUGCCUGGCUUCUUAACCAACAAGGUAGAGUGCCUUGAGGGCGUGUCCCGUGUUGCUUCAGAGGUGGACCUUGAGUUGGCCAGGCAGGGACAGAUCCUGAAAGUUCUGCAUGGCUCCCCAUCCUCCCCCACCUCCUCUUCCACCUCCUCCAAGAAUGGAAGUUACCGUGCACAGGACGGCUCCACAGUAGUCAGGAAGUAUGCUGUCACUGACCUGGCUGAUCCAUACUGCCCCAAUAUUGAGUUCCCAAAGAGCCUGCGUGGCAGACGGAGUGGGAAGAACGUGAAGAAGGGCCUCAAGCGGGGUGUGCUGGAGACAGAAGCAGCGGCAGAAGCCGUCGAGGAAGAAACUAAGAAGAUGAGGGUUGGGAACAAUGAAAAUGAUUGUCAAGAGUUUGGGGAGAACAAUGUUUUCUACGUCACCCUACCUGAUGACACCGCAGAGGAAUUACAUGAGGUGGGAGGGUCAGAGGAGUCGCGAGAGGUGCGUGAUGGGGAGGCCAGCAUGUACCACGCCAAGGGCUUCCCCUCCAUAGUGUGCGGAAAGUGUCUGGAUGAAAACAAGGGAAGCCCUCAGCUGUGCUAUUCUCCAGCUGAGUUGCAGACCCACAUAGAGAAGGAACAUCCAGAAAAGACACUGGUGUGUGCUUUCUGCUACUUCAACAAUGUGUCUGUGCGCUUUGGCAGCAUCAAGGAGUUCAAUGAUCACCUGCUGCAGGAACACUAGUCUGCCUGUGUGUGUGUUCAGGAGAAGCUUCACCUGUGAUCAGUGCACACAAUGGCAGUGUUUACUAUGCAUCCACCCACUCACUGGACUUUUUAAAAAUAUUAUUGUUUAUUUUUUAUUUGCAGUUAUUUUUUUACUUGCAAUCAGUGUAUGGUUUCUAAAAAUUGAGAAUUUCUGCCAAGAUUUUUUCCAUCUUUGAAAUGUUUCAAGGAUAUGUUCUAAUAAUCUAAAACAAAUUAUCAUUAUUGAUUUCAUUUUCUUUCUUAAGAAUCAGGUGUGUGUGUGUGUGUGUGUGUGUGUGUGUGUUCCUUUGAGCAUUUAGUGCUGAAAGAUGUAGGGUAAAGUGAAGGUGCAGGAUACAAAACUAAACCUGGUGUGACAAACAAAGUUAAUUACAGCCACACUAAAGUACAUUAUGCAAGUUCCUUCAAAGUAACUUGAUGCAUAGUAGUUUGUUUUGCAUUUAAGUUAUAUUGAAUACAGAUAUAUCAGACUGGUAUUCCUUAAUGGAGUAUAUUGAAACAAAGAGGGUACUGUGCUGUCCAUAGGAAGUAAGUACAAUAAUGCAGAAUUUGCUGCAGAAGAUAAUUUUGGGGGGGACAUUGGAUGAAUGUUAAAUAUUAUUACAAGUGUCAGUGUGAAGGAUUUGUGUAGCUUUGAGAGAUUGGGGUGUGGCAAGGGAGGUACUAGCCAGGGCUGCCAUGGUUGUGGUAGCAGAAAACAACAUCCAGCCUUGAUGGAAUGUCUGUAUUUGACCUCAGGAGGAUGAGAAGUAAAAAUUAUUCAUAGCAUGAAAUGUCAUAUCAUACUAUCUUGUAUUCUUUCUCUUUCCAUAUUUAAUCCUAGGACGAUGCCGGGCUGGAUGCCCACUCACUCAUCCACGUUCAUACUGUACACUCUUAAUCACCCUCCCAUACAUCAUUGUCAUUAUCCUGCUUAACUAUACUCCUCACUUCACAUGAUGCCAUACAAUCCUUGACAUCUGAUGCUUCUUUGGACAUUUCACUCCAAAUGGUGAUGGGAGUCAUAGCUGCAGCCUUAUUUCUUAGAGAUGGCUGGGUCUUUCAGAAUGGUGACUAGCACCAAGCUCAAAUGUGGCCAAGUCCAGUCAUUAGGGAGGUGUAGGAGCUGUGUGUCAGUAGAAACAUAUCAGGUAUUAUUCAACAGCAAAGUGUCUCAGAACCGAAGCAUCAGGCACUCCAUCCUUAACACAGUGAAUUGGGUGAAGUGAAUGUUUUGGGACUGGCUACACACUUGAGGGCAUAAGUGUCUAUGUAAUGUCAGUGAGGUUGAUUGGAAUGGCUUGUGGAAGUUAAUCUGGGAUGAUCUUGCAUUGUAUCAUAAGUAAUGCUUAAUUAAUACCCAGGAUGAUGUGAGGUAUGUUUAGUGGCUCUGUGUGCAGAUAAGCUAUUUUUGUUAAGAUUUCAACCAUGCAUAUGUAAAUUUGUGUACAUACAUGAAUAAAGUAUUUCCAUUUAC